AUGAAUCGACUUGUAAGAUGUCGACGAUACACUGAAGUUUUUACUAACAGCGAGGUUCACUGGAGAAUUCACUUACGAUACCUCGUCGAAAUAGAUCGGCUUUCUGAUGAGAAUUUCCGAGAAUAUCAUUCGGCAUUUCUGAAGCCGAAAAAUACGAUACCUCUCUUGCUAGAAGAAGUUCCAACAGUUAGAGAAGAACUGAUAUCUUCUCAGCUCCUCGAAGUUUUAAAGAAAGGAAGGCUUUAUCAUGAUCCUCAAGAAGCAGUGAACGGCGGCCUAGAUGUCCAAGAGUUGAAUGAGCUUCUUGAUUAUCAAGAUAUCACUCGUUACUUCGGAAAUAAUCUUCCGCAGCAGAAAAAGUUCAAACAGGCGAUCUCAAAGAUGAUCAUCCUCAAACGGGAAAUUGAUUUCAGCGAUCCAAAACAAGUCAACGAAUACGAAACCAAGCUACAGAAGUUCAUCAAAAAGUGGAGUAAAGAGUUCUAUAUUCCAAAAUUUCUAUCACCUCAUUCUGCCCAACUUGAUCCCUUUUUGCUGCGAGCCGAUAUCGAGCAAUGGAAACAACUGCAGUUCGAUUUCAAGCCAGUCACUUCAAUCGUUUCAAGAGGCUUUCUUAAUGAUUUUCUUGCUGAAAAAGAAGAUGAUAUCUACGAAGAAGUUGCGAAUAAAUUAACAACGGAAAGUGGAGAGAAGAAAAUUUGGGAAUCAGCAGAUAUUCUAAAGUUGACAACUAAGGAAAGAGAGGAACUGGGAAUCCGUUACGAUAUCAAUCUUCAAAUGUCCACAGUUAGAAAACUCAGAUGGAAGUACUCAACGGCUAUUGAAGUUUUAGAUACAUUCAAUGAUGUUUGGGAAAAAGAAUUUAUCCGCGAGUUUGAUUAUUUCCUCAGAAAUUCAAAAAUGGAAGCUGUGCUAAGAAAUCGUACGAAGUACCCUCACCUAAUUGUUCCUUGCUUCGAGCCUGAAGAUGUCAUGGGCUCACCAAGAAUACAAGAAGAUGUUGAGUUUUUGCUCUCUGAAAAAGAGUAUGGAUCGAUAUCAGAAACUGAGGUUGAGCAUUUUGAAGACAACGAAGAGAUCCUUGAGGAAUAUGAAGAAUUUUGGGAAGAUUGGUUCAAGAAUGAAUUUUGUGUGACAUUUGAGGAUCGACUUGUUCAGCACUUCAAAGCAAAGUAUGUCCAAGAAGAAAGGAAAAUAUACUUUCGCGAGUUUCGGAAAAUUCAGGCUGAGUACAAGUACGAGAAUAUCAAUGAAAACCUGCCUGUUCUUGCAGAAGAUGAGUUCAGUACAACUUUUGGAAAUUUUUUCUAUAAAGGAUGCGAGUUUCAUGGGCUCAACCGUAUCGAAGUUAUCGAUGAACUUCUAUUCCAGGAGAAAUCGAUGGGUUUUUGGAUAAAGUAUCAAGAGUAUUGGACGAAAGUUAUGGCGGAGGAGGAAGAAAAAUUUUGGCAAACUGUAUCAGAUGCGAAGCGAGAAGAAGUCAUGCUCGGAAAAGAAUAUACACUUUCGAAGUACAGAAUUGCCUUUGAAACGCAUCAAAAAGUAUGUCAAAACUUGAGGCAACGCUACUUCCAUCCCUGGACGAAAGGCUCACUUGAGAUUCCUGCUUGCCCUAAAAGACUCAUGCCAAUAAAACGAACAAUAUAA